ACAUGUGCUCGGAGUAUGGGUAGCCAUCCACUGACUCUGACUGGACUGCAAUGCAUGAUGCUAGAGUGUCUGCUGGCGAACUUGCGUUAUCGUAAACACAGGGCAACGGCUCAACCUGGUGCUUAUUUUGGUGAAGGUGUCAACAAACCAGUUCACCUAAUCAGUAUUCAGUGUAGUGGCUCCGAGAUUGAGUUGGUGACAGAGUGUGAAAGUGAAGAAGAAGGUAGCACAGAUCAAUUAAUGGAUGGUGGGCAAGAUUGUGUGGGUGUC